ACUCUCAUCAAUCUAGAUUCUCUUCUCUUCUCUAUAUUUCAAAGCUUUUACACUUCUUCAAAUCUUUAUUUCCUUGAGAUCAAUUAUGGCAGGUGAGAUUCAAGAACCGUUUAGUCUUAGUUUUCAGGGGAAUUCUAUCCACUCUGGAUCUAUAUCGUUCGGAAGAUUCGAGAAAGAGGGUUUAUCAUGGGAGAAGAGAUCAUCUUUUUCUCACAAUAGGUAUCUUGAAGAAGUUGACAAGUGUUCUAAACCUGGUUCUGUUACUGAGAUGAAAGCACAUUUUGAGGCUCAUUUCAAGAAGAAAGGAAUCCGAUUUCCGGCUUCUCUUGAAUCUCAAACUUGGGGAGUUCAUCAAACAAGUGGUGAACCGGAUGAUGAAGCUGUCCAUGCAACUGAAAGUUUCAAGGAUUAUCGAUCUGAUGGGAGUUUCUCGGAGAAUACUAGUCGAUCAAAUAGUGUUUGUAACCAUAGCCUUGAACAAGAGAAAUGUGGUCAAGGAAAGAGUCAAUGUGAGUAUGAUGAGGAAAGUGAUAAAUGUGUUAGCUAUGAUGAGAUUCUAGUGAAUUCUGAUGAAGUGAUUGAGCUUGAUGAAGAAGAAGGUGGUGGUGACCACGGGACAGUUGCUGUUCCUGUUGAGUGUGAGGAUCUUGGACCUCCUGAGAUGCCACAAGAGAUUGAGAUUCAAGAUUCUGUUUUAGUUGAAGAGACCGGAUCGAAACUCGAUGAACAUGUUCCAAAAAAGCCAUACGAUGCUACGGAAACACCCUCCUCCUCUGUAUCUGGAUCGAAGUCGCGGGAGAAGGUGAAACCUAGUAUUCCUCAUGAUGUGCGUGUGAUUAAAGCUUCUACAAAGAGAGAUAAUGUAACACCAAAAGCUGCUUCAAGGAGGACAAAUGGUUCUUCUUUAAGUUCUAAUUAUAAAACCAAUGUAGAUGGCAAGAGCCAAAAGGAAUUAAGACCGAAGAAAACCACUGAGUCUCAACCCAAAACAUCGAAGAAAAUCGAGACUCGAACUCCUAUUGCUACAAACAGGUGCAAGAGUAGUACCACUUCUGCUAAGCUGGAGAUGAGUACAGGUUCUACUAGUUUCCGUUUCAAAUGUAGCGAACGAGCUGAGAAGAGAAAAGAGUUCUAUAUGAAACUGGAGGAGAAAAUACAUGCGAAGAAAACAGAAACAAACCAAGUUCAGGCCAAAACACAGCAAAAGGUAGAAGCUGAGAUUAAACAGUUCAGGAAAAGCCUCAACUUUAAGGCAACACCAAUGCCUUCAUUCUACAACACCGGUACUAGACCGGCGUCUCAUCACAAGACCGAGCCGAGUAAAGUAGCACCAUCAAGAUCACGACCCGCGACCUCAGCCUCAAUUACAAACCGGGCAGUCACAAGAGUUUCUUACAAACACGGUUUUGAAGAAGCUAAAAUGGUAAAUGUAAUGGUCAGUAAUAGAAAACAAAGUGCGGCUAAAGAUUCGGAUUUGCAAAAGGGUAAUCUUAUGGCGGUUGAAAUAAAACAAAAGGUUAGCUAGUGCUCGAAGAAGCGGAAACUAACGAACAGGUGGCGGUUCGAAUUUUGCGGUUGGCUGGCUGCAUCGCUUUCUAUCGCGAUUCAUCAUCAUCCUCUGCUUUUGUUUAGCGUUCUCUUAAACUGAAAUGUGCGACUCUGCUAAGUGCUAAGUACUUUAACCAAUAAGAAAACUAUGAGUAGUAUAGUUAAUAAUCAACAAUUUAUUUCAUUUUAAAAUCA